GGAGAUCGACCACUUUGGGCCCAAUAUGUUACACGGGAAAUAAAAAUUGGCAAAAAUCAUUUAUUUUAUGCUCAAUCAAAAUCACUAAAAAUAAUUUUAAUUUACAGUUGCUAAAUAUAGAAAAAUUUUUUUGGAAAUGUUUGUGUUUUUUGUUGGGAUCAUGCAUUCCGUAAAAUGGAAUGGCUUAGUCUAUGGUAAAAAUGUCAAUGUGACAACUGUAAACGAUUGUCAACUGCCAUUCGCUCUGUGUUUACGCGCAAGGGAAUGUGUUUUGGUGCGAUAUUCGUAUUUUCGGUGAUUUUUUCAACGACUUGGACUGUUUCACGGAACCUGACGAAUCUUGCCUUCACGAACUACCUCGGCGCGAACACGGACUUUGUAUUUGCUUCUUUGAUUGACCACGGCUUGCUAAUUCGGACCUCGAUUUCGCCUAUCGUAAUGGAGAACUGCAUUAAUUGUGGUAUUGCAACAGCUCGUUGCAAUAUAACGGGAAGACGUCCUUUAAAUGAAGAAUCCGUCUUAUCCAUUGUACGUGAAUGGGUUGCUCCACUAAGGGUAGAACGUGAUCAUCAUCUAUGCCAAGCUUGUUGGGAUUUGGCUGUUGAUACUCUACUCCUAUGUGGACCUAGUGACGUGAUGCAUGCUCCGCGUGGUCAUGUCCAUGUGUGUGUCCACUGUGGUCGUUCUCUACUGCGGAAUGCACGAUCCCAUCGGCUACGAACUAUAUCUGAACGGGAAGAGAGGAUAUAUAAUGUUAUUAGUGAAUGGAUUCUACCCAGGACUAUUGGAGCUCAAAGUGAAAUAUGUCACUCUUGUUGGGUGAGAGCAGACAGAGCAGCUCGCCACUUUAUGUCAGAACCAUCAACAUCAACAUCGGAUGUGUUGGUUUCUGCUUUGCCAGUGCCUGAAGCAUCUACUUCAACAACGGAAGAAGUCAUCCAACAACCUUCGAAUAUUAGUGAGGCUAUUAUUUUGCCUGAUUAUAUUAGAGCCAUUGAAACAGAGAGAAGAUGUUUUAUUGAAGGCUGUAGGAGGAGUGAAAGGCACAGAAUUCCAGAUUCAUUAAGAAAAAAUCUUCUUAAUAUGCACAAGCUGUAUAUACCAGCCAAUAAUCGCCUGUGUGAUUAUCAUUUGUAUGGUGUAGAAUCAUGGGAUGUUUUAAUAGGAAUAACAAAUAAUUUUAUAAAUAGUUUCUCAGCAAGGCAUAUUCAAGAUAUGUUGGCUUUAAAAACAUCAAGUUCUGCAGCUUUGAACUUUGAGGAUAUAGAUUCCAUUGAAGACCACAUCUUUUAUUAUUGGAUUGGAUUAACAAAAGUCCAAUUUAACCAAUUAUUAAAUGAAUCACCAACAUUGGUACGAAUGUCUAAAGGUGUAACAGCUCUAGCAGCUUAUCUUAUGAAACUGCGUACUGGAGACCCAGAUGACAGAUUGGCAACUUUACUCCAGAUACCACGGACAACAUUAUCACGCUUAAUGAAAAAAGCAAGAGCAUAUUUGAUUGAGAAUUAUGUUCCACAUCAUUUAGGCCUAAAUCAUAUUAACAGGCAACAGUUGAUUGACAGAACAUUGAUGAUACCAAGUGGUUUGUUUGGAAGUGAAAAUAAUGAAAGCAAGCCAGUAGUCAUUUUUGAUGGCACAUAUAUAUAUAUACAAAAAAGCUCGAAUUAUAUGUACCAAAAAGAUACAUAUAGUUUACAUAAAUACAGGAAUUUGGUUAAACCAUUUUUAAUUGUUUGUACCGAUGGCUAUAUAAUAGAUGUUUUAGGUCCAUAUCCCGCUACAAUGUCCGAUUCUGACAUAAUGAAAGAAGAAUUUAAAGAUGGCUCCACAAUGAGAGAAUAUUUUCAGCCCGGUGACGCAUUUAUCCUAGAUAGAGGAUUUCGGGAUGCCUUGCCCUUACUUAAUUCGUGUGGCUAUCGCACAUAUGUACCCGCUUCGUUACAGCAGGGUGAAACACAGCUGUCGACAAUAGAAGCAAAUAAAUCAAGGGCAGUCACCAUUUGUCGUUGGGUUGUAGAAGUAGUUAACGGUAGAUUUAAACGAGAUUUUAAACUUCUAAGACAAGAUUAUUUUAAUGUAGCAUCUAGUCAUUUGAUGCAAGAUGUUAAGGUGGCUGCCGCUCUUAUAAAUGCGUUUCAUCCUGUUAUAACCAACCGGGAUGAUGCCGGGGAAAUUCUUCAGAUAAUAAAUGAAAACAUGUACAGGGAAAAUAGAUUGGCGAACUAUGUUGUGGAAAAUAAUUUAAACAGAAGGCGACUAGAAUUUAGAGCAACACCAGUAAACAGCAUAAAUGUUUUAACAGAUUUUCCCCGGCUUACAUAUAGUGAACUAAUAUUAGUUUCCUUAGGAACUUACCAAAUUAAACAAGCCCGUUCUUAUUACGGCGAACAUGUAAGGGCAGAUGGCUCCUAUGUAAUAGAAGUGUGGAGGGAGGUUGAUAAUGACUUUUUAAGAGAGCUGUCCCUGUCAAACAGUACUUGGUUACUAAGAGGUAGAAUACACUCUCGCCACAUUAGUAGAAAAACAUAUUUUGUUUAUAUAUUGGUGGACAGCUCUCUUUCUGGAAGGCAAGCAUUACUACAAUAUUAUUGUAAUUGCAUAGUAGGAAGGCGUACAGUGGGUUGUUGCGCACAUAUAAUGUCGAUCGUAUGGUAUUUGAGUUGGGCUAGGUACCAAGAAUAUAUUUCACCCCCUGCACACUUCCUAGAUUCCAUUCUAGUUGUGUAUGAAGAUGAAUGAUUAAUGUAUGCAUAAUUACGAAUCAUUAAAAAGCGUGAUUACAUAAAAAACUGUUGUUUAUUUUUAACUAACCUAUUUUCUUUACCUUGGAACCAUAAACCUACCUACUAUUAUUGGCUUGGAAUAACUACCUAUUACUUAUUGGUUCUGUGCAUGAAUUAUGUACUUAAUUCAAACCUAUCUAUCUAAAGAGUUAACUAUUAGUCAUCUGAUAUUUAUUUUAUUAAUAAUUACAAAAAGUAU